AUGUACUUGCUCCGACGUCACGAUGACCGAAUAGUCGACGAACAACAUCUCACCUAUGAUGGCUAUGUGGUGUACUCUACAGAUGACACGCCAUGGAUCAUAAAGGAGGUGCUUCCAAACUUGGAGGAGAAACAUGGCCUUGCUCUUUGUGUACAUGAGAGAGACUUUGACGUUGGAGGGGCGAUCGUUGACAACAUUGUGGAAAGUGUGGAGGAGAGCAGGAAGGUUCUCAUUGUCCUGUCUAAAAACUCGAUCCAGAGUAAAUGGUGUCAGUUUUCCAUCAAUUAUGCCCAUAGAAAAUCAUUGGUAAACGGCCCAGAAUCUCUGAUUGUGAUACUAAAAGAAGAGAUCUCAAGUAGGUUUGUGUCAAGCAGUAUCCGGCUGUUGCUGGAUCCCCAGACGUACAUCCUGUGGCCAGCAGACGAUGAAGAUGUAGACGCAAGGGUACUCUUCUGGGAGAGAGUAGCAGCUCGGAUGAAGGGGGUAACUGGGAGAGAGUAG